AAAAAUCAAAACAUACUUUCGAUUAACAAAUUUAAUCAAAAAAACGGCGAAAACCUCAUCGCGAAACGUCAUUAUAAAAGUUAAUUUUUAUUAAAGCUAAUUGAUUUAUGAAUGAAUUUUUUAAUUAUUUAUUGUUAUGUUUUUGUCGUGUAUUAAAUCGAUUCUCGUCCGAGAUCGUAUAGUGAUCGCAUUUUGAGUCACAGGUUUGCGCUCAAUAAUUCCGGACAUCGACUGAUUGUCCCGGAUUUGCGCAUGCGUGCAAGACAUUUAAAACGCUUAAAUGCCAAGUUAGCACGAAGUUUAUAUUGGAAACGAUUUUAGAAAUAAAUAGCUCCGUGAAGUAUAUUCUUGUGUAAAGCCCACGCGUUCGACGAAGUAGACCUUUUUUCGAGGGGACCGCGCCUAUCACAAAGCUCGCCCCCCUCGCACGGGGUACAAUAAUAUUGAUUUUGACGUGCCGCAUCAAUUAGAAGUAGGACCCUUUCAAAAGCUUCUCUUAAAGUAAACGUAUAAACUUAUUUAGUUUAUUAGAAAAAGGCGACGAGAAAAAAGGUGAAGUUUUAUUAAUGAUCUAAUUUUUGGUGUCAUCCGUUUCAAAGUGAGUCAUCUCAGUGUGGAAGAACUGUAGCGAAUAUGGAUAAAACCGAUCGGUAAUCUAUCUAUUCGUUUUAUUUUAGCGAAAAAAAUAUUGUGUAUCGGUAAUUUUUCGAUGGGACGUUUUAGACAGAAAUGACCAGCCUGGCCCUGGCGUUGGAUAAUGUAGACGUAAGUGACAGCACGGAGCAGAUAAGUAAAUUAUUUCCGAAGUGCAGACCGAGAAGUGACAUUAACUUGAACCCGAUACUGGGCUCCGCUCGUGAACAUGAUCUCGUUCCCGACAACGCUACCAUCGGUGUAAUGAGUAUCGAUAGAGAUAACGAUAGAUGGAUUUCCGAACCCACAAUCAACGAUAGGGACAACAGGCAUUCCACGGACGACGAUGAAAUGGGGGGUAGCUAUAAACUGCGCGACUCUAGAAUUAUCGAAAUAGCCGGCGGUCGCGAGAUAUACUCUCAAAGUCGCAGCAAGGCCGUUCGCAAAUCACGAAACCCGAACGAUGGUGGUGAUCCAGAAAAGAAGAAGCCCCAGAAGUCACCGCAAGGCGUCUGGCAAUUGCGCGGCCGUUGCACGGACCCGAACAAACUGAAGGGUGCUCGCGAACUCACCGAGACGGUCUUCUCAUCGGAGGUCCGUUCGGUCACGUACCAGCAGCAGGAGAAUGAGGCGACCGUCGUCGUGAGUCCCAAAAUGGCUAGCCCGCCCAGCGAGGUGGUGGUUUUCGACGACAUCGGAGGCGAAGCGUGGCGCGACGAAGCCAAACGUGAAGACACCAACACUGCCCCCGUUAUGUACAAUCAAGAGGAAGCCGAAAGGGUCACCAAGGUAAUCGGCAGCUUACCUAUCGCCGUUUACGAGGGCUCUCCGCGUCGGUACGGCCCACGACAGGUCGAAACUUGCUCCCAUCCUCAGCUGCCUAGUGCCCAAAGCUUGUUGGCUUCUCCCAGCGUUUACCCCCCGAGGCCAGGCUUUCCUCAACGCGUCGUUUGCUCUCCUAACGAUGUUGAACCUCCACAGCAAAAUGACACUACUACCACUACCUAUAACCGUAAUAGCCCGACAUCUCCACGUGGCACUACAACUUCAUCUACUUUCGACUAUCUUUACGAAUUCUCGGAAACUAGAAAGGUUCUCGAAGAAUUUUUCAAGUGUCCGCCGCCCGAUGAAGAGAAUAGGUUGGAGACUGAGUUUCAAGACUUGGAGUACGAGUUACGCAGGCAAGGUUCCGAGUCUGGAAAUUCAUAUGUCGGGCAAAGAUUAGCUAAAGGUCGACCUGACCAAUCGGAUUUUUGCUUACGUAUUGAAUCACCAAGGAAACAUACAAAUCCAACUCUCGUUUUACAGGAUCAUGAUAUAACAGAACAUGAAAAUAACUUCUUGGAUUUAAGUAUCGGAACGGGCUCAAGCGGAGAUUUAGGUGAAACAGAAGUAGGUUUACAAGUUGGUCAUAGUCGGAACUUUACUUUGUCUCCAGAAACUACCGAUUGCGAUUCGAAUUGCGGCGACCUAGAUAGCGAAGUCUCCCUAAUGCUUAUGGAAAAUGAGUUGGGCCCGUCAUCUGGUCUUUUAGGAUCCAGUGGUGAUAUAGCUAUUCCAAGCGAUUCUUUGCGACUAUACUCUAGCAUGCCUGUUUUGGAGGACGGCUUAUCUUCGGGUCACGCCAGCGACACUGACAACAACAAUCCAACGGUCAUGCUUAUGAAACGGCAAAUUACCGAAAUUGAACGCGAAAUCAAUCAGACUAUUGGGCGAAAGAAAUUACAAGAAAACGGGGUUUCUCCGAAUAAAGAGAGAUCUUCGGUGUCACCAAUUGAUAUUAAUGGUUGCUUAAAUAACUUCGAAGAUCAACAUUCUCACACGCAAAGCGAAUCUUUAGAAAAAACACCACCUCCUCCAGCUCCAGCUCCACAUCGUAGUUCAAAUGAGAAACCAAACGACGUCGAGGCGGCUAUUAAAGAUAUACGACUGACGUUACAAAGAACGAAAACGCUUCCGUUGAAAUGUCAUCCCGAGGAAGACAGCGAGGAGAACGCCACGAGCCCCGUGUGGGUGCCCAGACAAAGAGGGUUAUCCGCGACGAGCGGCGAUUCCGACCGAAAGGUUCAAAGUGGCGAAGAAGGCGGCGAUGAAGAAGAAGCCGAUACCGAUUUAGAAACGGAUCGUUUGCUUGGACAACAGCGUACGGAUGAUCAAGGUUUCUAUGACGACAAGGGUUGGAGAAAACCUAAAAGCCGGACAAUAAUGCCUCCGCUCAGUUUAUCAACCCCUAAAAUACACGCGCUAGAGGAGGGGACCGUACCGUUGGUCCCCUCCGAUGCACGUGCCUCCCAUCCGCCAUCCCCUACAGUAACGUCCGAUAAAAGCCAGUCGCCCCAAAGCCAAAAGGGAUCCGUGUCGUCCGUAAAGCUAAAAAAGGAAAAAGAGAACAAGAAGAAGGGCCGCAACAAGGAAGAUAUCUUGGAUCGUUCAGUUCUAAUAGAAGGUGUGCUAUUUCGAGCUCGGUACCUUGGUUCAACGCAGUUGGUAUGCGAAGGACAACCAACGAAGACCACGCGAAUGAUGCAAGCGGAAGAAGCUGUGUCGAGGAUCAAGGAGGCACCAACCAACCGUACGACCAGUCCCGAGAACACGUGUUUCGUCGACCACGUCGACGACUCCGAAUGCGUUAAAGAGAUUGCGCAACCUACUACACAUGGCGGGGACCGUGCGUGUCACGUGCCAGCGGGCUAUGGGGCUACCGGCACCGUCUUUCGCCUGCAAUUUCUCGGAUCCGUCGAGGUCGACGAAGAGGGGGGUCGUAAGCGCCGCAAACGGCUAAAGAAAAACAUGGUUGAGGUGGCCGUUACUAAGAUCAAGGCAUUGGCUCCUGAUGGUGAGUCCCAACCGAGUACUGAAGUGGAUUUGUUUAUUUCAACGGAGAAAAUUAUGGUUUUAAAUACGGACUUAAAAGAGAUCAUGAUGGACCACGCGUUGCGGACGAUAUCCUACAUAGCAGACAUCGGAGAUUUGGUCGUAUUAAUGGCGAGACGCCGAUUUGUGCCCCACGAAAUGGAGGACGCGCCAAAAAUUAAUCGAACACCAAAGAUGAUUUGUCACGUUUUUGAGAGCGAAGAAGCUCAAUUUAUAGCACAAUCCAUUGGACAGGCCUUUCAAGUAGCCUAUAUGGAAUUUCUAAAAGCUAACGGGAUUGAAGAUCACAGUUUCGUUAAAGAAAUGGAUUAUCAAGAAGUUCUUAACUCGCAGGAAAUUUUUGGGGACGAACUUCAAAUGUUCGCGAAGAAAGAAAUGCAAAAGGAAGUAGUCGUUCCGAAAGCGAAAGGUGAAAUUUUGGGGGUGGUUAUUGUUGAAUCCGGUUGGGGAUCGAUGCUUCCCACAGUUGUCAUUGCCAAUUUAGCACCGGCCGGGGCGGCAGCUCGGUGCGGCCAAUUAAACAUUGGUGACCAAAUUAUCGCCAUAAACGGCGUCAGUUUGGUCGGGUUACCACUUUCCACUUGUCAGAAUUAUAUUAAAAACUCGAAGAACCAAACUGUCGUUAAACUCACGGUUGUACCCUGCGCUCCCGUAGUUGAAGUUAAAAUCAAACGACCUGAUACAAAAUACCAGUUAGGAUUUAGCGUACAAAACGGAGUAAUUUGUAGCUUACUUCGCGGUGGUAUUGCGGAAAGGGGUGGUGUUCGAGUCGGACAUCGGAUUAUUGAAAUCAACAAUCAGAGUGUCGUCGCUGUUCCUCAUGAAAAAAUUGUUAAUCUUCUAGCUACAUCUGUUGGGGAGAUAUUGAUGAAGACAAUGCCUACGUCGAUGUUUCGAUUGCUGACGGGACAAGAAAACCCGGUUUAUAUAUAAGUGACAGUUUUGAAGUGCCUACCCGUAGUAGAAAUACCGUACGCUCGAUUGGUCAUUAGACGAGCGUUCGACCCCUUAUUUAUGUUUUUCCGUUUCGUCCGUUCGCGCUUGGAUCGCUAAGAGGGUUCCACGGUUUCCCGUUAAGGAAACCAACAAUAAAAAAAAAUAAAUGAUUAAAAUAAAAAUAAAUGAUACAUCAAUAAAAAGACAAUAUAAAUAAUGAUGAGGUGCGUGUGCCUCGAGUGUACUACUUCGAGAAAUAACGUUGCCCUGAGCUUUCGUGAUAUAUAAUAUUCGCUACAUUGCAUCUAAUUACCGCUUCGUCUUUAUUUUUUCGGAAGAUUAAACGAAAGGAUACGAACCAAAGAAGAGCAACUCUGUUUAGUUUCCUAAUGCAGUGCUUGUUAUUUCCUUAGAAAGGUGAGACAAAUCCGGAAGCGAGCGUGCUGCGUUUGUAGAAUUAACCACGUUUUUACGAAAUGCUUUUAUAAUAAUAAUGUGUAUCCAUUGGAUUCCUUCUAAAUAAUAACGCUUAUUUUGCGAGUUGUGAUUUUUAAGUAAAGCUUUUCGUUCACCGGUUUAGAUGGAACGACACCGAGGAAUUAUAUAAAUGGCUCAAAAUGAGUAAAGAAAGAAAAAAUGAUAAUGAAAUCAAUGUAGCACUGUGUCUAGUCAGAUUUAAUAUUUGUGUACGUGUUUAAGUUGAAUAAAAUAGGAGUGGGGUAAUGAACCCCGGGACAUUUCGACGACGAGGUCUAUAGCCGUUCAAAAAAAAAUUAUAAAUAAAUUACGACAUAUAUAUUGUAUAUUUGCAUCUACAUAGUUACUGAUGAAAAAAAAACAGAUUUAACGUUAGAUUUAUAUGUUUUUAACGUGACGACAUAUAUUUUUGCUAUAUUGGUUUUGACCAAAAUCUAAAUACUCUACGUUUCGUCACCUUCCCUUUCCGUUUUUAAACUCUCCUCUGUUUGAAAUUGACGACGUUUUUGCGAUUAGGGUUUAUUUUUGAACUCGAUGUAGUUAUUUGUGCCUGCCCGAACAACAUUUCUAUUAUUCCCUUAACCAUAUCAACGAUACGUCAUCACACACUGUUUCCUAUUUUCCUUUUACCCUUCUCUCUCGAUCUCUAUCGCUAUCAUUCGUUUCCCUCAACGACAUUUGUGUUAACUUAUUCUAUCUAUACGAUAAAAAUUUAAAAAAAAGAAACCUACAUAUAUGUAAACAAAUAUGUACAAAAACAAAUUAAUGACACAAUACAGUAUCCCACAACAAUA